GCAUGACGUCAUCGCCGCUGCUGGACUUCGAUGACCCUCUUGCCUCGCAGAGCAGGUCAACUUGGUCAACAACAUUCUUCUUGCCAUCCGAUUCGUGAACUCCAAGCUCAUCGACUCAGCUGAACAACACAUGGCUGCGACCCCGAUUAGCUUAUGGGCACCCAGCCCUGACACUGGCGAAAGAGGAACGGCCAUCAAGCUCGACUCCAACGGAAAGGGCUCGAUCGUCUAUGCCGCCGGAAGGUCGAUUUUCAUUAAGAAUCUUGAUACUCUGGAAUCCGUGUCUUACUCAGGACAUGUCCGACCGACCACUGUUGCCAAAUUCGCACCCUCCGGGUUCUACGUAGCAUCCGGUGAUUCGGCUGGUAGUGUAAGAGUCUGGGAUAUAGCAGGCGACGAGCAGAUCUUGAAGGUGGAAGUAAAAGCUAUCUCGGGAAAAAUCAAUGACCUUGCUUGGGAUGCCGAAAACGGGGGGAAACGUAUUGUAGCUGUUGGCGAAGGAAGGGAGCGUUUUGGUCAUGCAUUUACCAUAGAUGGUGGGAAUUCCGUAGGUGAAAUUGCCGGUCAUUCAAAAACUAUUACGAGUGUUUGCGUCCGUUCAGCCAGACCGUUCCGGGCAGUUACAGGGAGCGAUGAUACAACCCUAGUCUUCUUCAAUGGUACACCAUACAAGUUCUCAAAGACGAUUCGUACCCAUUCGAGAUUCGUUCAAACAGUUGAAUAUGCCAAAGACGGUUCCUUGUUCGCAUCUGGAGGCUCUGACUCCAAGCUUUUUAUCUACGAUGGCUCCACGGGGGAUACUAUCUGUCAACUUGGUGGAGAAGAUGCGGCCGAGAAACACACCGGGACCGUGUACUCGAUUGGCUGGUCUAAGGCACAUCCGUCGACGCUUGCUUCUUUCUCAGCGGAUGGGAGGGUUAUGAGGUGGGAUGCAUCGACCCAAAAACACGUAGGAACGUGGAAAUUAGCAGAUUCACCCAGUCCGGAGCAGCAAUUAAUUGGAGGGACAUGGCUCGAAGGUAAUCGACUAGUCUCGCUAGCUUAUAAUGGCGAUCUCACCAUUCUUGACGAUAGACAGUCUGAACCUGUCAAAAAGAUUUAUUCUUGUCAAAAAGGCAUCAUCGCGGCUGCGAAAUGUCCCAAAAGCUCGGGGAUAUUUGCCGGUGAUCACUCCGGGAGAGUCUUCCACUACUCGAAUGAAGGUGUCUGCAAGCCGGUCGGAGGAUCAGCAUCAUCGAAAAUUAUAGGCUUAUCUACUUCGCAAAACAAAGUGUUUUCGAUCAGCAUGGAUGAUUCUGUGAGGGAAAUAGAUCCUUCAGAAGCUGCUUACAAUACCAAUGUUGCAGUUCCUUUACCAGCACAAGGAAAAGAUCUCUGCGCCCGUUCAACUGACAACGUUAUCCUAGUCAUCACAGCAAAUGAAGCUAGGUUGAUUGAAUCCGGCAAUUCUUUAACCACGAUACCUCUCGAUUAUAAUGCAACCGCUUGCGCAAUAUCUCCAAAAUUCGCGGCCAUUGGUGCAGCUGACGGGAAAGUGUACGUUUACGAUGCGAGUUCGAAAACACUGAAAUCCUCAGUAACUUUAUCCAAGAACAUUUCUUCGGUGACGUGCAUGGCUAUCAGUCCAGAUGAGAAACUUCUUGCAGUGGGAGAACAAAACGGGAAGAUCAUGAUCUAUGAACUAUCUGGAGAAUACCCAGUAAAAAUUUCUCAGUGGUGCUGGCAUACGGCUAGAAUCAUGAGCUUCGAUUGGUCUGCUUGUUCGGCUUUCUUAGCCUCCUCAUCCUUAGACACGAAUAUCUAUGUUUGGAGUGUCGCCAAACCAACCAAAAACAUCCCAAUUAAGAACGCGCACGUGGGCGGAACAACGGAAGUUAUUUGGGAGGCUGAAGGCAAAUUGUUAUCUUGUGGAUCCGACGGGGCCAUCCGAAAGUUUUCAAUCAAGUUAGACAGUCUCACAUGAAUAAUGAUAACAAAAUCAGUCCACUCAUCACUUGGGUGUGAUUCGAAAAAUAAAGAGAAGUCGUUCUUUAUCUUCUACACCACUGCGCCAAACCAUGGCAUAACAGUGAUUGGUGCACCUUCUUCUUUCUUAGUAGUGUGUAUACAUAGAGAUGUACCCUUGAAGGUUAUCUCGCAUGGUUUCAUGGGGAGAUCACCAAAAUUGACAUGAGUUGUUGUGCUGAUUCAGGCUGCUGAACAAGAGCUGAAAAUCCAAGAGAUGUUGAGCCAAAGGAGAAUUUGAUGGGUUUUCGAGAAGGGAGCUGUAGAUUUCAUAGGCUUUGUUACAGAGAUUCACAGAUUCCGGGGACCGAUUG